AUUUGGGGGCAAACCCAAAUAGUAAAAUACACGAUUUUGUCGGAAUUGGAUAAAGCUGAGGAAACAAAAGGAUGAUAGCAACUCAGAGUCUCUCCUCCUCCGUUCUACUGCCGUUGCUUUGCCCUACACCGCCGGUCCACAGCCGCGUCGCUCGUUCUCAACUUUCCGAUUUUGAGUUCGUGUCGAAACUUCCGUCAAUUACUUUCCUUUCCUCUCACAAAUUUUCUAAACGUACAAGGACUAGUACAGUUCGUGGAAUCAAUUCCAAUGACCCAAAAGAGUCGGCGUUCUUCGACGAAAACGGAGUCGUUGAAGAUAUGGAUAGCUAUCUCAAUUAUCUUUCCCUAGAGUAUGAUUCUGUCUGGGACACCAAACCCUCCUGGUGUCAACCUUGGACAAUAACUCUUACUGGAACAGUGAUAAUUAGCUUGAGCUGGCUGAUUCUGCACUCGGCUGUAGCCACUGCAGUAGUGAUGACUACAAUUGCGGCAUGGUGGUACAUCUUUCUUUAUUCUUACCCCAAGGCAUAUUCAAAUAUGAUUGAGGAGAGAAGAAAGAGGGUGACAAAAGGUCUAGAAGAUACAUAUGGAGAGAGGAAAAGCCAGUAACGGAAGGAGCAGGAACAACACUGCGUGCAUACCGAGGUGACGUAGAUUCAUUUCACAACGUUUGCAUUGUUAAACUGCGAGUCAAAGGACCCAAUAGGGAGAUCAAUGUAGCUUAAAUUUUUGCACUUGCUGUAAAUGUCAGACCCCUGGAGAACUCUUCAUAUGAAUGAAAACAACACAUUCUAUUCAUAUAUUUUAACUUCUCU